AUGAAUAGCCUUCUUUCAAUGUUACUACUGCACAUUGGUAAUAAUCCUCAUCAACAACAACAGCCUCUCAUGAACACAACCACCAUCGUGAUGGAAUCUCUCGUACAAGCCUUGAUGCAAUGGCCAACCAAAGUGUUGGAAAACGGAAGUAGUGUCAUGAUGAAAACGACCAAAACCAUGAUGAAUUAUACAGAUGCAUGGUUGGGAGGUGCCGUGUCAAUGAGUACUCUCUCGGAUUCAGGUGUCAUCUCAUCAUCAUCGCGUUCGUUAUCUUUUCAGGUAUUGGAACCAAAUUUCAUGCAUGAAUUAUUUGUACGUCCACUCAAUGAAGUCAUUAGAAAUAUUUCCAAUUCAUUGGGAGUGGAUCAAUCGGCAGCUACAUACAUGUUCUUUCUGAUUGCCAUGAAUUUUCCGUUAGCGUUGGUGUUGAGAAUGACUCGAUUUGGAAUGAUGAGAGCUGUGUUGGGAGCAUGGAUUGGACUUGUUUACACAUUCUAUACGUUUGGAGUACAUACUUUGCAUUCGAUAGCUGUGCCAUUGAUGGUAUAUCUAUGGCUGUAUGUGACUGUUGGCAUGAGUGACCGAGUGGUCAAGUAUUUGAGACGCAGCCGAGCUCGAUUGGCAGUUCCACUGGUGGCUGUGGUGUUCUCAUUCGGAUACUUGCUUGUGUGUCACUAUCAUCGAAUGUUAACGGAUUAUUUAGGAUGGAAAUUGGACUUUACAGGACUGCAAAUGCUCAUUACUUUGAAGACCACUGCUGUGGCAUGGAAUUUAUAUGAUGGUAUACUCGUUCAUGAUCCUGAUUCCAAGGAAGGAAAAGGUGUUACCAAUCCAUACCAUAGAACUAACAGAUUGGAACGAAUGCCAUCACUCAUGGAAUAUUUUGGUUUCUUAUUCUUCUUUAUUCCUGUCUUGUCUGGUCCAAUCUAUGAAAUGAGUGACUAUUUGAGAUUUAUUUAUGGCGAGUAUGAAGCACAUGAUAUUUCAUUUAUCAGAGAUUUGAAUAAUAGCACAAGGGAGAGAAAAAAUCCACCAAUUCCUUGGUUAUUAGUGUUGAAAAAGAUUAUUCUCGCUCUAGUCAAUAUGGUUCUCGUUUUGCAAACAGCAUCCUAUUUUGGAAGAGAGCAACUCGAAGAUGUCAUUUAUGAAAGAGGAGAUCAUCCAAGAGAGCUUUUAGGAAGUUCUCUCUUGUACAAAUUUCUGUUUUCAUUUGCAUGUAUGAACUCUAUCAAAUUUAAAUAUGUUGUGGGAUGGUGCUGGAGCGAAGCUGCAUUACUCAUUACAGGUUUUGGAUAUCAAAGACAUUACAAGUCUGGUGAAUUUUCUUUUUCUGGUGCGGAGGCAGUCGAUUACUUUGAUCAUUUCCUUGCAUCCAAUCUUCGCGAUGUGACAACUACUUGGAAUGUUUCUGUUUCAAAAUGGUUGAGAAAUUAUGUAUAUACCCGAGUUGGAGAAAAACCUGGUACUUUGGCAACUGUUAUUACAUUUAUUGUGAGCGCCAUUUGGCAUGGAGUCUAUGCAGGAUAUGCCAUCAUGUGGAUUCAUUACGCACUGGCCAUGAGUUUGAUUGGACGUUUGGCUCACAAAAAGAUGAGACCCUAUUUUUUGAACGAUGUUGAACAUCUCUUCUCUGCAAAGAAUAGUCGUCUCAUGUCCUACACCUACAAGAUACUGUCAUUCAUUGCAACUGGUAUUUUCACAUCCUACAUUUUACCACCAUUCUUGUUAUUGUCUUGGGAUAAUUCCAUUCAAUUCUUUAGAUCCAUGCAAUGGUGUGGUCAUAUGGCAUUCUUUCCAAUAUAUGUCAUUUUAACCAUGAUACCUAGUCGUCAUGGUCAUCACUCUGAGAGGCAUGGUCACAAAAGCGUUGACUCUGUCAGCACGAAAAAGAAUCAAUAA